CGGCGGGAGCUAGCUCAGACAUGGGAAGUGAGCACUAUUGCCUAAGGUGGAACAAUCAUCAGAGCAACCUGCUGGGAGUAUUCAGCCAGUUGCUGCACGACGAAAGUUUGGUGGACGUCACGCUUGCAUGCUCCGAGGGCGCCUCCAUAAGGGCUCAUAAGGUAGUGCUCUCUGCGUGUUCAUCGUACUUCCGUUCGCUGUUCGUGGACCACCCGUCACGUCACCCAAUCGUGAUUCUCAAGGACGUCGGCCUAGAAGAAUUGCGCACCCUCGUCGACUUCAUGUACAAGGGCGAAGUUAACGUCCAGUAUUGUCAGCUGCCUGCUCUUCUAAAAACCGCCGAGAGCCUACAGGUCAAAGGAUUAGCUGAAAUGACGACAUUAAGCGCAGCAGGAAUUGAUACACGAAGUGUCCCGGAACCGAUGGAUGAGUGCCAAGGUCAAGACACCAAAGAGUGUCCUGAGUUGCAUGAUAGAUUAGAUGGCAGAGAAAACCGGGAAAAAGAUGAAAGACGCGACAUAAAAGACUCACGUGAUAGAGAAAGUAAAGAGAGUCGUGACUCAAGGGAGAGCCACACGCGGGAACCUAGAGAAUCCCGAGAGCAUAGGGAACAAAGAGAAUCCCGUGAAAUGAGGGAGCCUCGCGAUCUCAGAGAAAUAAGGGAGCCGCGAGACGCUCGCGACUUAAGAGAGUCCCGAGAAUUACGGGAACAUAGAGAUCUCAGAGAAGCUAGAGAAAUACGUGAACCUCGAGAUUUACGUGAAGUCCGGGAUCCAAGGGAUCCCCGAGAUAUACGAGAUCAAAGAGAGACAACAGAAACAUCGCCUUCGAGAAUAUCUCCAUUAUUGUCUGUACGGCGAUUUAGAACUGAAACUUCAACGGAAAAUCCUACACCCACGCACCCUCCUUUGCCUAAAGAUGAACCACCCGAUGAACCGAUGCGUUCGUCUUCGCCUGAAGAUGAUUCUGUCUCAAUAAGAUCAAAUGGAGCUCAGAAUGAAAAUGUUGGUAUAAACAUGACUAUAAACAGUCAUAGUAGUGUCCUCGGUGCAAGAUACUCUCCUGUAGAGCGGCUAAGUGUUCUAAACACCAUACCACACCCAGGGCUGCCCCAUCCAUCGCAUCCUUCACUGCCAAGUCCUAGAAGCGAGCCCAUUCCAGGCCCAUCUGGACUUCCACCUGUUCAACAAGCACCUCUGCCUUUCUUACCGCUGUUCCAGUCCUUGAAAAAAGAAUUAGUAGAUUGGGAGAGAAGUGCAGAAGAAAAACUUGGAGAAUCUUCUUCGGAGUAUCGACUCCAACAUGAAUCGGAGUACGAAGGGUCCGGUAGGGGACGUGUUGAGGAGGGGGACAGAGGUUUCGUUUGCAUGCACUGCGGUGCAGCGUUCCCCCACCAGAGCAAACUGACCAGGCAUAUAUUGACGACGCACACGCUAGAUACGCUCAAGUACCGCGAUGCCAUUCUAGGCAGGCCCAUGGGGCUGCCGCUGAUAGGACAAUAUAACGAGCCUCCGUACAUGGCGAUGCACGCUGAAGAAUCUCCGCUAGAUUUGGACAUCGGACCCGUGGAGCCCGGGAACGUGGUGUUGUGCAAGUUUUGCGGCAAGAGUUUUCCAGACGUGUCAUCGUUAAUAGCACAUUUGCCGGUUCACACGGGUGACCGGCCUUUCAAGUGCGAAUUUUGUGGGAAAGCGUUCAAGUUGAGGCAUCAUAUGAAAGAUCAUUGUAGAGUUCAUACAGGUGAACGGCCCUUUCGGUGUGGUUUGUGCGGCAAAACAUUCUCCCGGUCCACUAUAUUGAAGGCUCAUGAAAAAACUCAUUAUCCCAAAUAUGCGCGGAAGUUUCUAUCCCCGAGUCCCGUCGACACGGAAGAAGAAAGCCCGCAUCAAUGAGUAUGGGAUCCGAAUAGUGUCCAAUUAGCCUUCGAUAAUAUAUUAACCAACAGUAUACACUAUUGUUGGAAAUAGUCAAUGGUUAGCAAAGUGAUGGUCGAAUGAACAAAUGGAGGACAAUAUGUUGUAAUUAUUUAAGAAUGUGAUUUAAAUGCCGCAACUGUGAUCUGAAUGAUAUGAAUAAUAUUUGAUAUUUCACUAAUAGAUAAUUGACACUAAAGUUGUUACUUCUUAGAUUUAUUUUCAGAAAGCUGGUCGGUUGUUCAUUUUGGUUUGCUUGUUUGUCAAAUAAAACUUUUGGAAUUAGGUGCUUUCUGUAUGCUUUAGAUAAUGACGGACUCUUUUCGAUGGGUCACUUACACGGCAUAGCCAAAGUUAACUAGAGAAGUAAAACUUCCUAUUUUGUUUCAUAGCGAAGAAAUAAAAUACAGCUUCGUAUAAUUUGUUUGCUUAUUUUAUUGUUUUAUCAUUAUCUGUUUUUAUUACUUUUAAAAUAUUGGAGAAAGCUUCGUUUCGAGUUUUGUUGCCAUUAAAAAACUUUGCAGAAAUGAAAUUGUAAGAUAUCGUAUUACUUUAGAGCUGACAUAAUCAUUAGAGACUUGCGUAUUUACUAAAGUAGUUUUGUGUCAGAGUUCAUUUUAUAAACAAAAUUGAAGAUUGAUAAUGAGUGCUUUAAUUAUUAUUAUUAGAAAACAUACGAAAUAAUGCACUCAAAAUAGUUCGUAAUAAUUAUAAAGUUAGGGAUUUGAGAUUUUUACUAAUUUUAUGUCUUUCGAAGUUAUGACGCACGCUCCCCUGAGGUAAUUCAAAAGCAAUAUUACGACAUAUAAAUGUAAAUAACAUAUAGUUUGAUAAUAUCGGAUUUUUAGGAAAUUUAUUAGAAUGUAAACGCUUCGGUAGUUCUGUAUUUGGUAACACGGGGAGGGUUGUGGAAGUGUGAUCAUGGGAAUCAAAGCUUUAAGCGCCGUUUUGUUCGAACACUAUGCCUCUUUUUUCCUAUAUCUGUAUUAAUGACGCAUCUCGACAUCAAGAUCAAAUUUGACAAAACCUAAAUAAUAUGUUAAUAGGAUUAAGGGGGCAUGGUACCAUAUCUAUAGGUAUGUAUAAAUUGUUCUAUCUAUUUUCGUACUGCAGGACCACAUUGUUUCUCGAGGAAAUUCAAAUACAAAUUACUUAUGGUUGUAUUUUUUAAUGUCGAUUGGUACGGUGAUUUAUUACUUCUAAAGCCCCAAUAAGGUUCAAAAUCGUUAAACGGAAAUGAUGUAAUGUCGCUUUACAUUAUCCAUAAGGGAUAAAAUUCAGUAAGUACCGACUUAUCGGCAGCUGUACCGACACCGAUAAAUAUAUUGACGGGUUAACAACAAACACUGCUUCAUAUUUGUUGAAUGCCUGUUUGCUAAAUUUAUGGUUAGGAGGAGCAAAAAAUAAGGCCCAUUUUCAAAAAAUAAAAGUAAACGUCAUGUGCCUAUACUUACUUUUGUAUCUAUAUAAUUGAAAUAAAAUAUGUCUUCUUAUUUUUAUAGUCUGUUUUGAUUCUUUAAUUUCUAGAAAAUGUUUUCGUGACGGCAUAUUUUAUUAACAAGCAUUAGAUUGUAUAUUGCAUAGACCCAACCUAGUAUAUUGCAUAGGUACCUAUUUUAAAUGAAUUGAAAUUAAGUGUUUUGGAGAUAUUUUGUUACUUUCAAUAAUGUAGAAAACAGAAAAAAUAUUAUGAUUUGCUAAAUUUCUAAAUAUCGGUCAAAUGCUUCAAUAUUGUGACAAUAUAUUCAUACAUCUGCGUAUCGGCCUGGGGUUCGAAUAAAAGUUCCACUGCAUUUGUAAUUGGAUAUGAACAAUGGCUCAAUUUUAUUAAACAAUAUAUAUAUCUGUUGUCAACAAAUAUAAUUACAAAUGUUCCACGUUAAUAUAAUCGCAACUAGAGAUUGUUAAUGGAAUCAUAAGAUAUAAUGUAUUUGAAUUUCUUCAAUAAUAAUUGUGUUCAAUAAAUUCAACAGAGUCAAAUACAGGGAUAUUUUAUGGAUCGUAAAAUCAGGUUAUUUUACAAUGACACCAUAAUUUUAUUUACCAUACAAUCUUAGACGUAGGCUUCAUUUAUCAGGCUCAGUCUUUUAUAUAACAUUUGUUUUUUUUCUCUGGACUUAUUUUACUGUGCAUCACAACAGAGUGUAUGAAAAUAUGUAUUAUAUCUAAAGCUUUGAUUUGGUACUGAUUGGAUGUCGGCUCACUUUAGUAUGUAAGUUGGAUUGAAAAAAUAUUCGUAUUUCUUUUUGAGUUGUCCACGGUACUCUAUGGCUGGACCCUUUAUUUCUAUUUACGAGGCGAAAAUAAAAUUGCGCUUUAUUGAAAUAUUUACAAUACAUAUUACUAGUCGAUAGUCUAACCUAACCAUUAACAAUCAUUCGGUCUAGAAACAUAUCAUUUUUAUUUGUCAAAAAUAUCAUAAAAUUACAAAUAGUAAAAAUAUUACUUUGGGGUAUGAAAAAAGGUGUAUACAAAAAUAUACGUUUAAUAAAUUAUUUUAUUGGUUUCUAUUUGAAUGUAGGCGUUUUAAUAAUAUCUUUAAUUAGGAGUUUAAUUGAUAAUUGGGGUUUUAUCAAAAGAAAGUAUUACUGUAAAUUAAGGAAAAGAUCUGUGAUACUAUAUAAACAUAAGGUUGCAACAUCUGGGAGUUAAAAUAUAGAUCUCAGACUGUCAUUUGAAAUUUUAGUACAUUAUGUCUGGCGUCGAAAUUUAUUAAAGUUUUAUUAUUAAUUAUUUCAAAAAAUAAAACAUAGUUAAGGAAGGCAGACGCUUAUAGUUAGGUAACUUUUCUCAGUGAUGGUGUGUUCGUAAAGAAAAUAAAAUUAAGUUUUACAGUCAUUUGAAAGACUAGGUACGUUAAAUUAGAUUGCGGUUAUGACUUUACUUGUAUGAAAUUUAUAUUUUUUAAAACCAAGAUCUCACUAUUACUUUUUAAGUUUUAGGCAUCGUUUAGAAAUUUAGUGACUUAGACCAAAUCUAAAGACACUAACAUACUACCCAUUAACACAUUUCUCAUUUCCUCUAGACUUAUAAGGCUUUUAUAAGCUAUAAUGUUACAUGUCAUUAAUUCAUAUCACCUGUCUAGUUAGUGCCUUCAGAGAUGGAUGAAAUAAGAAUUUGUCUUUCAACGAGAAUGUUAUUCAAAAUUCUGCUUUCGUGUCUACUAUCAAACGCCUAACAUUCCAAAAUGAUUCCAGUCUACUAAUAAUUUUUAAUUUGGGAUGCCACCGAUAUUGCGUAAGUAAUUUUAUAAAAGUAUUUACGAUUUUUUUGUAAAAAUUCAUAUAACGUGGUCGCCGUGAGUACCGUAGGAUAUCAAAAUAUUUUAUGACUUAGUUUAUUUUGAUUCGACAGUAUGUUACGAUAAAUAAGUAAUGAAUAAAUGAUGUGGUAGUGUCCUUAGGAAAGCUCUUCCAGUUGCACGUGGUAAUAAUAAUUAGAUCUAUCUUUUGUUUUGUCAAUAGUUACGAUAUUGCUUGUUAUCGUGAAUGAGAAGAAUGUGCGGUUUGAAACAACUAAAACAUUCCAUUCACCCCUGGGUAUUUAAAUUUAUUUACUUUAAGCAGUCUAAAUACAAAUUCAGAUUCUAGCCGCCCCUAUGCCCAGAUUCAAAUGAAUUUAAAUACCUACCAAUAUCACGUAUCUGUUUGAUUGGUAACAUUGUUUUUUUUAAUACCUAAUUCUGUGUAAAGUUAGCGAAUUUACUUGAUAUGAAAUUGAUGCGGAAAACUAAAAAAAAAUUUGGUCUAUUGUUAAAAAUCACACGAUAUUUAAAGGCAUUUUAGGUAAUAGAUUGGUAGAUGCGCUACUUCCCGGAGCUAGUAUUUGAAAAUGUUUAAAUGUUGGAAAAAAUAUGUAAUAUGAGACAACAAUGUUGCUAUUUGAAAAGCUGCACUCGUUUUUAUUUACAGAGUCGAACGUUACCAAUCUUUGUAGCAAUAUUGAAACCUUGAUUAAUGUUCCUCUUCUUAUUUUAAGAAAGAUUGAAUAUUUACAAUUUACACAAAUAAAUAAUAGCAAUAAAUAAAUGAUUAAUGAUGAUGUGAAUUAACAAAUUUGUACGAGUUUUUAUCAGAUAGUUUUUAUAGUACAGAAUGCCGUUUAAAAUGCUAUUUUGUUUCCUAACUUUCAGAGGUACUAUUUAUUAAUGGAGUAAUAAUAAUAAUAGAAUUAUAUAUAUCUAUAUAUCUAUGUAUUUACGUGUACAUAGGCAGUGUGGUGAAUGUUAGUGACAUAAUUACGAGUUACAGAUACAUGUGACACGCAUGAGCAAUAGACGAUACCCUCAAGUGCAGUUAUUCAAAUUUUAACAUUUACUACUUGUUGCCACGUCCUUGCAGAGAUUACACGCCGUUAGCACAAAUACUAUAUACGUAUAUGUUGAGAACAUGGUACGACGGUACCUAUAUUUUAUGUAGUUUUUCGUUUUUAACACCUACCUGAGCAUAGCAUAAAUUUUAAGGAAACACUAGCACGAAACAUUUCAUGGAUUCAAAUAGAUACGAAGUAGAUUCAUUUUUAUAUAAUAAAUUGUGACCACAGUUUUAUAUUUAGAGUGCCUCUUGCCUAUACAAGACUUAUAUAAAGGCUGCAAAUCACGGAAUAUACAUAGUAUAUGUAGCGGAUAGAGAAAACGUGUAAUUUUUAUGGUGAAAAUUGUAAGUUGCGUUAUGAUAUGUGAUUAGCGCAAUUUCCUCUGUCCAGUCGUUUGAUACGUAUUGUGAUGCAGCAACGAUCUCCUUGAACUGUCGCGUUGCUAGUUGCUAGUCGCAACGACUACGCCGCGCCACGACAUCUCCGUAGAUAGCGCAUUCCAAUCUCGUGAUGUUAAGAAGAACCAGUGCUAAGUUAUUUUCACGACCAAUAUACCUAACAAUAGGUUUAUUUCGUAUAGUGUUAGAUAAUACUAUUAGUUGCGUCCGAAGAGAUCAUGUUAGGAAGCAACGGGACCGUGAACUGGUUAAUUGUAUUUAAAUUACCAUUUUUUUUUUAAGUGGCAUACCUAAAUAUAGAACUUAUAUUGCAAUUUUUCUAAGUUCCUGUAGGUAUAUUAAUUAUUGUAUAUUGGUACAAUUUGUUUUAAUGAUUAUAAUGUGUUAAUAUAAAUUAUUUAGUGUAAAACUUUCGUGACUAAUGUUUAUAGUAGCAUAAUAUUCAACGUAUUGUGAGUGAAAUGAAGGCUACGUGUAUACAGAAUCAUGUUGUCGAAUCGCGUUAUUGUUAGCCGGUUUGACCAUUCAUAUUAUGCUAUUAUAAAAUAAUUUAAGCACAAGUUCAAAUAAUGUAGGUCCACUUUAUUUAUAGAGCUUAAUAAUUAAUCGUUGUUUCUUCGUCAGUGAAACUUAUGAUUAUUUUUCGUAAGCUGUUUUAUUUAACAUCAUUGUUGACAUUUUAGAAUAGAAAAAUCUGUUUUGCCUUAACAUUAUUAAUAGUUCAUAAUGUAACAAAGAGCAGUAAAGUUUUGUUAAAAGAUGGUUACAGUAUAUCAAAAGGAACCGAGGAUCAAACGGUGAAAUAUUUUGUCAAUUGUGCAACAGUCAAAACAGAGACCCAUCGCUGUUGAUCAAUGUAACUUUUGAAACAAAUAUAAGCAUAUCAUAGCUGUAAAAAUACAAUUUUGACAAAUAAAAGCUCUACAAUCAUUACAAAACAA